GAACUUGUUUACGUUUUUCUUGUACUUCAUACUUCUUCCAAGAAUCUUUCUUACACCCUUCACUCUAUAUAUCCAUGCGCCUACACAUCUCCAAUCCCUUCUUACCUGACUCAACAAAGAACGUUCCAGUGCUCUUGUUCUGCUUCGAGCAGAGAGCCGUGUUCAUGAGACGUCGCGAAACGUAUGAAGAAAUGAUCAACGCUUUACGACUUAAAUUCAAUAUCCCGCAUAACGCUGACGCCGUUCUACGCGUCUCCACAUUGGAUGUCUGUCGUGGGAGAGAGAUCGAAGUCGAUGAAGAUGCCUACGAAGCCAUGGCGCCAUUUUUGGAUGAAAUCAAUAUUAUUCUUUCUCCUCGGAGCAGCGGAAAAGGGCAUUUUGUUAGGGAAAACGCUUCCCCAGUCCUCACAGAAAGACAGAUUCCCACGGCAAUAAAAUACGAGCCAUCUGACUUGCCGACACGCGCGGAGAAAGUUGUCAAGGCGGCGGAACUAUUCGCAAGCGAUGACCACCUGGAGGGAGAGAAAGGCCAGGAGAAUGGAGAAACAAAUGCCACAGAGCCACCAAGCUCCUCGAGUCAAGAAACUGGCCAUUCCUGGGACCACGUUGAAAAAUCAGACGCUGAACGACCAAACAGGAGAAAGGUGUUCAUGGCAGAUCAGAGCAUGGUGAUCGUCAAGCAGGAAAUCGAAGGGAUCGUGCCACCGAAGGCUUCUGGUCCGGGUGGACUUAACAUGUCGCCAAGGAAAGAAGGUUCUUCUAGCUUAAGGGCUAGGAAUCCGUCCCCCAGGAAAGACCGCUAUGAGGAACCAGGACCUCAAACCACUGGAGAAGACCCUGACAAACACUUCGAGGUCACCGUUACAGGACCUGAGGUUUGCCAAGGGGCCAGAUUGAAGACUCGCGGAAGAUAUCAAGUCAAGAAAGUUCUUUAUGGUGUUUGCAAAUCGUUCGGGAUUCCCUUCGACACAUUGAUUCAUAUCGUCAAGUUCGUUGAAGACGGCACCGAAAGUGUGGAAGAGUUUGAAUGUGACAAUGAUGCAACUAUGACGGACUGCGGCAUUAAGGAGAACGCGCAGCUCGUUGUAAUUCAGCGAGAAGAUGAGGAUGAGUCCUAUGACGAAGACGAGGAAUAACCGACUGCUGGCAAAAGAGCUGGUGUAAAUUUUCUAUCAGGAAUUGUCGAGUGGUUGCAAUGCUGAAUGUUCAUCUCUCCGACGCAAGGCAGCUGAGAGAACAUAUUCUGGUGAAUCUUUGGGAUCGCCAGCUGAGUUUCUAUGAAACUUUCAAAGAGCUGUACCGACCAGCGGAACAGCGCGGGUAAGUCCUUAGGCGAGGCGGCCCCUCCUCUGGUG